AUAUCGUCUUCAUCCACGCCUCGAACUUCAUUUCUCUUGUAUGACUCCAGUAGCGGCCAAGAUUACGGCAGCGACAUUGAAGCGACAGAUACUCGCACAGCGAGCGUCUUGCGAAUAAAAGAAGGAGAGAGAAGAGCGGCGCAUCUGAAUACUUGGUACACUAGGCAUCUUCCCCACAAAACACGGCCAUCAGCGAACGCCGGCAGGAUAUUAAUCAUCUGGCUCGCCACAUCACGACAUCGCAAUAUACACCAUAGAUUACUGCUCGACUACACUGAGCCGUAGAUCUAACGGGUAUACGUGCAAAGCAGCUAUAAGCGCGAGCAAGGCGUAGGGCCGCGGCAUCAAACGAAAUCGAGGCAAUGGCGAGCGCAAGCCCACCGAAGCCAUGGGAGCGAGCGGGCGCUGGAGCGGCUACUUCUGUGAUGCCACAAUCGUCCGCACCAUCGUUACCGGCAGUGGCAACAUCAACAGCACUAACCACAUCCGCACCGUUAAUCCCACAAAGGCCGUCCACACUCGCGUCGACUGUUAACCAGAACGCAUCGGCAUACUCUCCAUACGGACAGAACCGACUCGGCGCCUCGCCAUACGGCAGCACCAUGGGCGGAAUGGGCGGCAUGGGCGGUAUGUCCUCUUACUCCUCACCCUACUCCCGCAUGGGCGGAAUGGGAGGGAUGGGAGGCUACGGCUCCUCAAUGUAUGGUGGUGGAAUGGGCGGAUACGGAAUGGGUGGAAUGGGCGGCUACGGCGGGAUGGGAGGAAUGGGAGGCUACGGUAUGGGUGGCAUGGGAGGGAUGGGAAUGGACCCCAACGACCCAAAUAGCCUCACCCACAGCUUCAGCCAGAGCACACAGGCUACAUUCCAGAUCAUCGAGAGCAUAGUCGGUGCAUUUGGAGGCUUCGCACAGAUGCUCGAGAGCACCUACAUGGCAACACACUCUUCUUUCUUUGCCAUGGUCUCCGUCGCCGAACAAUUCGGCAACCUCCGCAACACCCUCGGAUCCAUCCUCGGGAUCUUCACCAUCCUCCGCUGGUUCCGCACCCUCAUCGCCAAACUAACCGGCCGGCCCCCCCCCGCCGACGCCACCGCCCUCACCCCCGCGGCAUUCGCCUCCUUCGAAGGCCGCCCCCUCCCCGACGGCCACCCCUCCCACCCCCCCAAGCUCUCCAAAAAGCCCUUCGUCGUCUUCCUCCUCGCCGCCUUCGGCCUCCCCUACCUAAUGGGCAAACUGAUCCGCUCCCUCGCCGCCUCCAACGAGGCCGCCGAGCGCGCCCGCCUCCAAGCCCAAGGCGUCCAAUUCGGGCCCGACGGCCAGCCGCUGCCGGCUCCGCAGCUCGAUCCCGCGCAGCUGGAUUACUGCCGUGUGCUGUAUGACUUCAAGCCGGAGUCGGGCGCGGCGGUGCAGGGUGUGGAUUUGGCGGUUGCGAAGGGCGAUUUGGUCGCUGUGCUGAGUAAGAGUGAUCCGUUGGGUCAGCCGAGUGAGUGGUGGAGGUGUCGGGCGCGUGAUGGGCGGGUGGGGUAUUUGCCGGGUGUGUAUCUGGGGGAGGCGAGGAAGGCGGGGGUGGGCGCGGUCGUGGCGGGGAAGGGGGCGGAGUCGAGGACGAGCACGAUGAGUAGUGUGGGGAAUGGGAUGAAUGGUGGUGAGGGGAUUGAGGGGUUCCAGAAGAGCCAAUUUUACUCGUAGGGAUAGGGUGAGAAGGGGUGAGGUGUGAUAGAAUUGGGACUGCCGAGUGUAUGAAGGGCAUAAGACGGGAUGGGACUGGCUCUAUAUAUGGGGCUGGGUGGCGUUAUAUGGGGUUCGGGUUUGGUUAUGGGAUGGGCAUGUGAGAUAUACUAAUUCAUAUUCGAGAAGUCAGAGGAGAUUUUCUAUGUAUUAAAAAAUUCCGAAUGAUA